AUGGUAAAUACAAUAUGGUGUUUGGGUGAUUUGGUAAUUAAGUCGGAUACAAGUACUACUCUAAAACCGUUGUCCAGUGACAAGAUAAGCACCAAACGAUUCAAGGCAAUUCAUGUCUAUCUUCCCUUAAUUAAAGAAACCAGUUAUGUAGAGGAUCAUAAGAGGUUGUUGUCAUUAAAGUGUAGUGCAAUCUCGCUAGAUAUCUUACUAUCUAUUGGCCUUUUUAUGCGUACAAUGUCUCUCUCUUUCUUUCACCUAAAUAUUCCCAGAGUUCAGCAGCACCGGCUGGAAGGGGGAGCUGUCAAAGAUAAAUUCCCAGUGCGUACGCAAAAUGGUAUGAGCCGUGAUGGACGCAAUCGCAAUCUGAAGAGAAGAGUAAACGGAAGGAAAAGGCCGAGUAAUAGUGAGAAACUAGAUAACAUCAGAAAUAGACCAAUACAGACACAGUUACUGCAAUACCAACGUCCAUACAGGAAAAUUGCGAGGGCAGGAAAAGACGAAAUGUCGGAGAGAGUCUACCAUAGAGAGAACCUACAAGAGGUAUCUUCAAGCGACUCCCAAGACAAGCUCAAAUUGGAAUCUGAUUUUAUCACUUCUAAACAAAAGGCGUGCAUAGUCAUCAUAGACUAUGCUGGUCUCUCCACUGACCCAGUAAACAAACAUUCAACAAAUUAA